CACGUCUACGGGAUCGUCGCUCGUCGAUGGCGGGGCCGUCGUGGGCCGUCGUACGAAACAUGGCGUCCGCGAGGUUAUUGCUGUGAGUGCUGUCCCGUUUUCUGUCGUUAAAUGCGGCAUCGUCGCGCGGACUCCGGUCUGACGCGAAGCGUCGUGUCCUCGGGACCGGCGAGGGCGUCCGCUUGAACCCCGCCGCCACCCGGGUCUCGGGGGCCGCUCGGUAGGCGCGAUUAAUCGGCGGCCAGGCAGCGAGGAGACACAGAGCCCCCCGUCAACACGGAGUUGGGCGCUUGUGGGUAUACACACACCCUGACGCGCGGGACCAGCCUGGGGACCGAGCUCCGUCAGCUCCGAGCGUGUCGCGACCUUCUUCAUCGUCCCCGGCCGAGUUGACCGUUCCCGCGAGCCGCGACCCCCGCGGCGAGGGUUCCCCAGGUAGGGCGAGCGGGGCACCCCGUGCGCUGCCGCCGCCGUCGCCGUCGCCACCGCCGCACACACGGACACGCGCUUCAGAAUGCCGGUCCCCCCCGUGAUGAGAUUGUUUUUGUACACGGGGUGGUAGAGGCGCGAGAGCCCGGGGGAGAACGCUCGCACGUUCCUCGCGCCCCGAUGGAAAGCGGCGCGGUGGCACCGACGUGGUCGCGCAGCAUUGUCCGAUUUCGCAGUCGCCGUAGCGUCCGCGACCGAGCGAGGCCGAUGUAAACGCGGCCGACGGUGUUCCGGAGGCACGGGACCGCGUGUCGUUGUCGAGGAUGCGCCCGACGACCGAGCGACGACGAUAAUACACAUAACAUAUGAUCCCAAUGUAUCCCCAUCGUCGGGAAGCGGCAAGGUAAACAUUAAGCAGAAUAGUUGGAGAAACGGGGAGUGCCCACCACACUGGGCACGUUUUUACUUUUCUCGUUGCGUGAACGAAGUAGCGAGAUACCGUCGUGCGCGCGGAGAGAGGAAAAGGGUGUGAUUUACGCUACAGAAGAGUGGAGCAAGGAGAGUGUUGAGCCAUAUGCCGCCAGCCGGGCUAUCGGCGAGAGGCUUGUCUACCUUGAUGGACCACGGACAACCGGAUGCUCGUCAUCGGAGCGAGCGUUUCCUAUUUUACUCAGAGAAUGGCUCCUCACAUCCUCAUAGUCCCAACACGGCCAACUCAUCGCCACGGUAUCAGUACAACAGCAGAACCAAUAGUCAUACUGCUAGUUACGGGUCCACAUAUGGACGUACGUCUAGCAACAAUAUGUCUGAUAGCAGUGUUUCUGACACGCAUAGCGGCGGAACUGCGAGAACUAUCUCUCAACAGACUAGUCCAUCCCACGGCACACAUUCCUCUUCUCAGUCGCGGCAGGACAAUAGCAUCACUAUCUUCACAGCCCUCUUCGAUUAUGUCGCUCAGGGUGAAGAUGAGUUAUCCCUGCAGAGAGGGGAAACUGUUGAGGUUUUGUCUAAGGACGCUAAAAUCUCAGGCGACGAGGGAUGGUGGACAGGAAAGAUUCGUGGAAAAGUGGGAAUUUUUCCGGCAAACUUUGUUGCAGAGGCAGAAAGCAUCGAUCAAGUUUCGUCGGUGAUCGAUAAAGUUCAGCCAAUUGAAAUCGACUUUGAGGAGUUGCAACUGGAAGAAGUUAUAGGAGUCGGAGGAUUUGGAAAAGUAUACAGGGGUUUUUGGAACAAACACGAGGUAGCUGUCAAGGCUGCGCGUCAAGAUGCGGGCGAGGAACCUAGUGCAACAUUAGAAAACGUUCGACAGGAAGCGAAAUUAUUCUGGUUGUUGAAACACGAAAAUAUUGUGCAAUUAGAAGGAGUGUGUUUAAAAAUGCCCAAUAUGUGUCUCGUGAUGGAGUACGCUCGCGGCGGCAGUCUUAACAGAGUUCUCAGCGGCAGGAAAAUAAGGCCUGAUGUAUUGGUCGAUUGGGCGAUACAGAUCGCGAGAGGGAUGGAUUACCUUCACAACAAGGCACCCAUAAGUCUUAUUCACAGAGAUCUAAAAAGUUCCAACGUAUUGCUAAGUGAGCCGAUUGAAAAUGACGACUUUCAAUACAAAACUCUGAAGAUCACGGACUUUGGUUUGGCGAGGGAAGUCUACAAAACGACUCGUAUGUCUGCGGCCGGAACGUAUGCCUGGAUGGCGCCGGAAGUUAUUAAAAAGAGUACUUUCAGCAAAGCCAGUGAUGUAUGGAGCUAUGGCGUGUUACUGUGGGAACUUUUGACGGGGGAGACACCGUAUAAGGGUAUCGAUGCUCUGGCUGUAGCAUACGGUGUUGCUGUCAACAAGUUAACUCUACCUAUACCAUCUACCUGUCCUCAACCGUGGAGUCUUCUCAUGGAAGCAUGCUGGGCAUCGGAUAGUCACGCUCGACCGGGAUUCACGGAAAUCUUAAUAGCUUUGGACGAAGUGCGCAGCGCAUUCGCGGCAACGCCACACGAAUCUUUUCACACGAUGCAGGAAGAUUGGAGGCAGGAGAUCGAACAAGUUCUGCAUGGAUUGCGCAUGAAGGAAAAGGAGCUGCGCUGUAGAGAAGAGGAACUGACGAAGGCACAAGUGCAACAGAGACAGCACGAGGAAAAUUUGAGGCAACGGGAACAGGAGUUAGCCGCGCGCGAGAUAGCCAUAUUGGAGAGGGAGCUCACCGUGAUGAUCAUUCAACAGCAAAACACGCCUACGCCGAAUAAGAGACGUGGCAAAUUUAAGAAGUCGCGGUUAAAAUUAAAUAAGAAGGAACCUGGAAGCAAUAUUAGUGCUCCUUCGGAUUUUCGUCACACGAUCACCGUUCAGGACACGGCCUUGGAUCGAGGCAAAGUGAGGAAUCCGUCGAGACCGAACAGUCCCCCAGGCUCGCCCAGCAUUCCGAGGCUCAGAGCGAUCGCAUUACCGGCGGACGGAGUUAAGGGUAAGACUUGGGGACCGUCGACGCUUCAUCAACGUGAGCGCGGGGCUAUUAUCACCCAGCCGCCGAACCCCGCCUCUCCUGGCGGCAAACGCUGGUCCCGUUCCGCGCCAGAUCUCGAAAAGACACCUCUGCGUACAGCCCUGUUGGCGAACGCACACCGCUCCCCGCUUCUGCAGGAAAUAGGCCUCUCUGAGGAAAGCAUCUACCACACCCAUUAUACAGCAUUACCGCCCGAUCUGUCGGCCGAUAACUGGAUAACGUCGGAAUAUCCUCUGAAGCCCGGGCUAACCGGGCCCUACAUCAUGCCGAUGCCCGUACCCAUGCCCACCCUCUACAACGGCGAAACGAAAAAACCAAAGCUAAGCAUAGUCGAGCUGGUAUUGUACAACAUCGCGGCGAUGCUGGCCGGCGUAGCCACCGGCUACGACGUGAGAAUGUCGAACAUAUCCCCGAUACAUCCGCGCCUCUAUCCACGGAUGGGCGAGUGCGACGAGGAUCAGCCAAGGUGGUGGUUUCAAGCGGACACCGGAUCGAAUCGCAACUCCUACCUCGGCGCCGAUUACGAGUUCAGCUCGAGCAGCGGCUAUCCGCACAACACUUAUCACGGACGGGCACACCAUUGCAGGCCGUUCCUGAGUAACAUGGGUGGCAUAGCGCCCGGCCUUCCAUCCGUGGCGAUGCCGGAUAAGCCGUUGCGCUUUACGGAUUCCCCGCAGCACUAUACGAGUAGCACGACGGGUUCUAACGCCCCGACGCCAAGCCCGAGAAGGAAGAGCAGCAGCAGCACCAGCAACGAGGAUGCGUACUCGCACGAUGCGGCCCGCGUCGAUCGUAUGGAGAGGGUGCCAACGAUAUAUAUGGGUAACGUCGCCCCAUUCCCGGAUUAUGGACCGCCAAUGUAUACCGUCGUACCACCGGAGUACUAUCGGCCCCCUGAACCGACGUAUUUCAUACCUGCGGAGUAUCACGACCGGAUGCUCGAGUGCCCCGAGUUCCCGCACGCGUACGACAAUCCGAGCAGCAUGAACAGCCCGGCUAGGCCGGUGUCCAGGCUUUUGCCCUACACGCAUCACCGCACCUCGUCGAACGUCUCUAACGCCAGCACGUCGAGCCAGAGCAACGUCAACCCGACAUUCCGGCUGGAGGACGAGGACGACUAUGGCGUGUAUUCGCCGAUAUCGUAUUACCAGCGACCUUCGAACGUUAUCUCCAACUUGACGACGACGUAUGGCGGGAGUAUAAUUAAUCACGAGUACGGCUCGCCGUUGCUGACCCGUCAGAACUCCCACGACUCCAACUCGAAUUCCGGUGAGCGGCCGAGCAAUCUGGAGGUGGUCACGCGGUUACGCUCGAGCCUGAAACGAUCCAGUUACAAUCCAUACAACUCGCCGAGCAAGAGCGUGAGCAAAAACAACUCCGGUUCGGGCACACCGACGAAUCCAACACCGCCGGAUUCGCUCACGUCCGAGGACUCGAGCUACGUCUCCGCCAAGGACAGCCAGAUUUCCAUCGGCCGGGUACGCUUCUCGCCGGUAACGUUCGAUCGCGAUGGCGUGUCGGCACGCGAAGCCCACAGAGAAACGCUGCUGGACAUCCCGGUUCACGGUCAGAGCCAGGACGUCACAGUGCCGCUGCAGGCCAACCGACGCCUCAAUCGAAACAGGAAGCCGAGCAUCUCGGAGCUUGAGAGGGAGUUCUUGUCAUAGCACUGGCUUAUUUAAGGCCGCGCGGCUCCCUCUCAUGUAGGACCAGCUGGACCAAGCGGGUUCGUCGAUAUUUUAUCUAUUUAUCGAUAUUUCUAGCGAAUGGUAGUCCUAGGACCGAUCUCUUUAUGCCUCCGAUUAUACAAUUGCGAUUAUGAAAUCUUAUGAUCGUCGACUGGAAGAAUUUGCAAAAUGAAUUGCACGUUAUCGAAGCACUGCCUCUCGCGGACGAUUCUCAAUGGUAGUAGUACACUAACAAGUCUGGGAAUUAUUACAUUCCAUACAACACACAAUCCAGCGAAAAAAUCACGUAACGUAGCAUAAUGCGUGAUUGGACGCGAAUUUUUAAUUUGAUAACGCUAAUGAUAUUUGAUAUACGUGUCGCAUGUAGAAAUACAUAUUACACGAGCGAAGAUUGCGACGCGACGUGGUAUAUAUUCAAAUUGCAUAUUACUCCGAGAA